AUGAAACAAUCAAUCAUCUUGGUGCUGGGUUAUCUUGCUAUGUUGAUACUAGCGGGAGCUAUCCAUCCCCUGGUCACCAGCAUUGAAGGCUCUGCGCCUCCAUCAGCCGGCCCUGUCUCUAUCUCGGAGCGCUCCAAAUGGAUACCCCUGGACCCAUCACUUUCAAGCACUUCUGCUGCCCAGAAAUAUGACAAUCGGGUGGAAGGUUUUCCACCCUCGAACUGGGUUCCUCUUAGCCGACGAGCGAAGGGGACUGGAAAGUGUGGAUACUGGAACGUUGAUGGUCAUACUGCUCAGUGCGACUGUAUAAUGAAAGUGCCUGUGCUGCAUUCUUUAGCAGAAUCCCUGAUGAAAAAAACCCCAAAGGGUAAAUGGCUACGCUUUGCCGUCAAGAAUGUUGUUGAUACCGGUGGUCAGCUAAGCGUUUUGAACUUCUGGUGGAAGAAGCUUUCCAAAAAUGGAAAGAAGAAGAAGAAGAAGAAGAAGAAGAAGAAGAAGAAGAAGAAGAAGAAGAAGAAGAAGAAGAAGAAGAAGAAGAAGAAGAAGAAGAAGAAACGAAAAGCCCUCAAUGUCUGGUCUUCAAAUGUGCAACAAGAUUAUCCUUACGGUUAUGUUGGCUCCCGCAAAGCGGACACUCAUGUGAACCUGGAUUAA